AUGAAUCACACUAACCGUCCGAGCUGGAAUUUUGUCAAACACUUAAGCAUUCUUGUGUUAAUCCUCUUUCACUCCAUGGCUAAAUCAAUUGCUGCAUUGGUACUGCUUGUUCUGCUGUUCUCCAUUUUCUGUCUCCUCAUCCCUUCUGAGGCUCGUGUUCUUCAGGGGCUUCGAGCCAUGCAGAAGGAUAUUGGCAGCCAACACCUUCUUAUGAGCAAGUUGGGAUUUAGUCCCUUGGAAUUCGAGAAUUAUCGAAGGAGGUCUCUUAAUGCCGAUGCUGAAAGAGUCUCACCAGGAGGGCCAGCUGGUCAGCAUCACUUUGAUUCACCAUUUAACUAG